CAUUUGAACAUAAUUUUAGUGUAACACUCUUGAGAUGUUGCGUUACACUGGUUUUGUACAGUCCUCUUGUGAUGCAUCGAAAUAUGAAGUCAUUCUAUGUGCUUACUAAGUCAUUUUACUUAUCCUCUUUUUUAUGGUAGUGGAGAAUAUGAAUGACCUUUGCAGAAUAAUAGUAAAGAUUAAUAAGACCACGGCAAACAAAUCGAAUAGCUAUUCGAUUUAUUCAUGUCUAGACAUGAAUACUGAAACUUAUUAUGCAAUUUAUCAGGGUUUUCACCACGAGCUGAUAUCUACUACAAUUCGAUGGACAUGACUAUUCAUAGUCAUGUUAAUGGAUGAAUUUCGCCCCCUAAUAUGUCCGUAUAUACGGACAUGCAUAUAUAUUUUAACAGGAAUAUGUACAUCACGGUUCCUAAUGUUAAAGUGUUUAGUAUGCAUUGGUUUACUUAUGAGUUAUCUUAAAACAUGUACCCUAUAACCUAUAAUUAGAUUUAGUAUAAGACAUGAACACUCGGUUCCUCAAAAGUUCUAAGCACAACAAAUUUCUAGAUACAGGGAUUCCUGUUGCUAUUUAGGUCGCCGUGCAAUAACGUGGCAUUUCUAUAAAUGUAAUUAAAGUCCUCUGAUAUGAUCUUCAAGAGUCAUGUGUUGUACUUUAUGUUGUGCGCUUUCUGUUACAACAUUUAAUCUUUUCUUUGUAGUUUUCCUAUAGCUCAACUCUGCAGUAGCGUAUACAUUGUCGAAUCCAAGUAAGUGUGUUUACUUUACCUUCAUCUAGAAUUAUGACUUAUAAUACCAUUUAUUGUGUACAAUAGUCCCUAAAUUUUUCCGUCCAUGUACGUUCAGUCCGUUUAGGCAGAAUUAAUAUACACUAGUGAUUGGAUCUUCAAGGCACUGUAAAUCCCAAGAGUUGUUAUAGGCCACCUGUCCUUUUAAUCCUACUACUCAAGACUUCCCUUCUGUCCUUUUUAAGUUCUACUGUGAAUGAAUUUACCUGCUGUAUUCAAGUCUACUUUAGAGCUUCCUGUUGCUGGAUUUACGGUCACUGUUGUACAGAUAGAGUUUUCUGACCACUUAAUGGUACUUAUUUCACGCAACGGAAUGAUUGGGGAUAUUGUAUUGUCCCAAAAAAGCAAUCUACCGACAGUAAAUGGUCAUGUUUCUCAUGAUCUUGAUACUCGGACCCUGUUUGGUCCUGACAAAUUGAAUACUUGUCUUAUCACAAGGCUGAUCACUAAGAUUUUGGAUACUUCAAAAACAAUACUUGUUAGUACUGAUUUCAAAGAAGAAAUUUGUUUUAGUGAUACUCAACUAAUUUGUGAUGUCUUAAAAAACAUAAGAUCGACAUAACAUAAUGUUUUUGUUCUUGCUUAACGUUUGUGAUUGGUUAGGUAUGCACAUGUAUAAGGCCCUCUAGUUUUCGUAAUCUCGUGAAGGAUGUUUUGUCACUAGUUUUAUUGAAAAACAAAUACUGUGUAAUUUGAAAUACAGCGUCACGUCAAAUAAGCAUUAUUAGGAGACAGUUUAUCAAAAAACAUGCGAACAUCCUACUUACAACCUAUAACGUUUACUAAGGAUAAUACGCCGUAUUACGAAUGAUAUUUAAACUAUU